AUGGCAGGAUUCAAGAUUCACAAGGUGAUCUUUGCUUUUUUGGUUGUUGUCGGCCUCACGAAUGUUACCGUAUUAGGGGCGGAUGUCCCUAAAUACUCAGAACAGACAAAUGGCAACCUAUCAGGCAACACUAUGCAAAACGAGUUGCCUGCCUGGUGGAACAAGAUCUUUAGUGGUAAAGGAGAGCUCUCGAAAGAGGUUAUUGAACGGGGCAAGCAACGUUUACAACAAGUUCUUCAGCGCAUCAGCGAUCAUACCCCCAAGGAAAAUCUGCAACCCUAUAAAUCAUUAAUCAAGGGACUUAAAAAGCAAGAUGAUCUAAGGAUUCUGGGUUUUAUUGUUGUAUUACUCGGAGAAUUGACACCUGGCAGGGCGCCUCAGAUGGCUGUCGACUUAGUCGGUGGGUCCCUUUCCAAGUUCUUAUUAACUAAAAAUCUCGACAAGUUUGGAACAGGAAUGAGGUACAUUGACCACUGUGACAGAGUAUGUGAUUACGUAACGGAUGCGCUGACAACACCCACUUGGAUUGCGUUCCACUAA